AUGGAAGCACACAAAGGGAAGCAAGAUAUUUUCAUAGUACAAGUACUUAUAACCCCGACAUUUGUCGAAUUAAACCACAUAUAUCCUCCCAUUCGCCUUCUGUCACCUCCCUCUAUCUCCUCCAACCCGUCGAUAAAGUUUGAUAAGACGCAGGCUCCACCAACUCUGUUUAUUUAUAUUGCCUCCUACAAUACACCAGACUACCAGACAACACUACACAAAUCCACCAUGCUACACGUCCGAGCAGCCGCAUCCAGCUUGCGCGAGUACCUCACGCCCGUAUCUAACACGUCGACGUUCCGAACGACCGGCGAAAUCACUCCCGACGAGUUUGUGAAGGCCGGCGACUACCUGGUCGAAAAGUUCCCCACGUGGAGCUGGGCGUCUGCUAGCAAGUCCAAGGUGCGAGACUUUUUGCCACCGGACAAGCAGGUGCUGGUGACCCGUCACGUGCCCAGUCACGUGCGAGCCUCGACCGUGAGCGGACCCGUGACUCUGGGAGAGGAGGAGGACGGAUGGACGUCGUUUGGAGUGGCCAACACGAAGGACGCAGAUGGAGACGACACAGAGGAGAUUGCUGAGAUUGCCGAUUCGGACUUUGAGGAGCUAGACGACGAUGACGAUGAUGCAGCUGAGGCUCCUGCCACGGCUACCGACCACAGAACUUACAAUCUCUACAUUGCAUACUCUACGUCGUACCGGGUGCCCAAGAUGUUUCUGUCAGGCUACUCUCCCGAAGGAUCGCCUCUGACGCCCGAAGAUAUGUUUGAAGACAUUAUUCCCGAAUACAGAGACAAGACAGUGACGAUUGAGCGGCCCACGUUCCAAGAUAACAUCACCAUGGUGGCCAUUCAUCCCUGCAAGCAUGCCAACGUCAUGAGAGUGCUUAUGGAGAGAGUGGAGGCCAAGGGAGAUAAAGACAUUACCAGGGGAGUGGCCAAACUCGGCGUGGCUGAUGCAGAUGACGGAGAAGGGGAGGAGGAGUGGGAGGAAGUGGAAAACUCAGCUAUGAGGGUGGACCAAUACCUGGUCACGUUCUUGAAGUUUAUCGCCAGUGUUACUCCGGGUAUUGAGCAUGACUAUACCAUGUCUGCCCUCUAG